AAGGGAUCACGUCGUCCAUCCUUUUUAACAGUUCAGGACGGUGCAGGACGGGCAGGCGAAGACCGACAUCCACCAGCUCCAGCUUGCUUUGCCACCAGUGAAUCAAAAUGGGAAAGGAAAAGACCCACAUCAACAUCGUGGUCAUUGGCCACGUCGACUCCGGCAAGUCCACCUCUACUGGCCAUCUGAUCUACAAAUGUGGAGGAAUCGACAAAAGAACCAUCGAGAAGUUUGAGAAAGAGGCAGCUGAGAUGGGAAAAGGCUCCUUCAAGUACGCCUGGGUGCUGGACAAACUGAAGGCCGAGCGUGAGCGUGGUAUCACCAUUGACAUCGCUCUGUGGAAGUUUGAGACAGAUAAAUACUACGUGACCAUCAUUGAUGCCCCUGGACACAGAGACUUCAUCAAGAACAUGAUCACUGGUACAUCUCAGGCUGACUGUGCUGUGCUCAUCGUUGCUGCUGGUACUGGUGAGUUCGAGGCCGGUAUCUCCAAGAACGGUCAGACCCGAGAGCACGCCCUGCUGGCCUUCACCCUCGGUGUGAAGCAGCUCAUUGUUGCAAUCAACAAGAUUGACUCAACUGAGCCCCCAUACUCUGAGGCCCGUUUCAAUGAAAUCCAAAAGGAAGUGACUGCCUACAUCAAGAAGAUCGGCUACAACCCCAAGGCUGUUGCCUUCGUCCCCAUCUCUGGAUGGCAUGGAGACAACAUGUUAGAGCCCAGUGAGAAGAUGUCCUGGUACAAGGGAUGGGCCAUUGAACGUAAAGAGGGCAAUGCCAGCGGCAAAACCCUGUUUGAGGCCCUUGAUGCCAUCCUGCCACCUAAGCGCCCCACCGACAAGCCCCUUCGUCUUCCACUGCAGGACGUCUACAAAAUCGGAGGUAUUGGAACUGUCCCUGUCGGUCGUGUUGAGACCGGUACCCUGAAGCCUGGUACGGUCGUCACCUUUUCUCCCUGCGGUAUAACCACUGAGGUGAAGUCUGUAGAAAUGCACCACGAGUCUCUUCCCGAGGCGCUGCCCGGUGACAAUGUCGGCUUCAACGUCAAGAACGUGUCGGUCAAGGAAGUCCGCAGAGGAAACGUUGCCGGUGACAGCAAGAAUGACCCACCAAAGCAGGCUGCUGAAUUUACUGCUCAGGUCAUCGUCCUGAACCACCCUGGACAGAUCCAUGCAGGUUACGCCCCUGUGCUGGACUGUCACACCGCUCACAUUGCCUGCAAGUUCGCAGAGCUCCUUGAGAAGGUGGACCGUCGUUCUGGCAAGAAGUUGGAAGACAACCCCAAGUCUGUGAAAUCUGGAGACGCUGCCAUAGUCUUAUUGAUACCACAGAAACCCAUGUGUGUUGAAGCCUUUUCUGACUAUCCACCACUGGGGCGUUUUGCUGUGCGUGACAUGAAGCAAACCGUAGCUGUGGGUGUCAUCAAGGAAGUCAAUAAGAAAGAAAGUUCUGGAGGAAAGGUCACCAAAGCCGCACAGAAGGCCUCCAAAAAAUGACUUCUCCUGCAGAACAUCCAGAAAGAAGUCAUGUCUCAGCAGCCGUCCCCUCUUCAUCCCAACAUCAUCUUCUUGUUUAUGCUGAUCAAAACCCAUCGGAAGAGCUUCCGCAGGAAAAGAGGGCAUGUUUGUUAUAGGGGAAAUUCUUCUAAGAAUUAGGUCUUACACAAAUAAUAAAAUUAUAAACAC